AUGGGUGACCUACUGAGGAGUAAAGCCGAUUUAGGCGACUGCCGUUUUUAUGAGAAGAAGUUUCCCGAAGUUGAUGACUUGAUCAUGGUCAAGGUUAACAGGAUUGAAGAUAUGGGCGCCUAUGUCUCCAUCCUGGAAUAUAACGACAUGGAGGGAAUGAUCCUAAUGUCUGAACUGUCAAAGAGACGAUUUCGAAGUGUGAACAAGUUAAUUCGAGUUGGAAGGCACGAAGUAGUUUUAGUCCUAAGAGUCGAUAGCCAAAAGGGCUACAUCGAUUUGUCCAAAAGGCGAGUGUCACCAAAAGAUAUCAUGAAAUGUGAAGAACAUUUUUCCAAGUCCAAAAAAGUACACCAAACUGUUAGGCACGUUGCACAGAAGCAUAAUAUGACCGUUGAGGAAUUGAACAGAAUAGCCAUUUGGCCACUCUACAAGAAGUAUGGGCAUGCCUUGGACGCUUUAAAAGAAGCAACUGUGAACCCAGAAGCGGUUUUUAAAGGCAUAGAACUAAACGAAGAUGUGAAAAAUUCCCUGCUGGCUGAUAUUCAACUUAGACUGGCGGCACAAGCCCUAAAAUUGAGAGGAAGAAUUGAUGUGUGGUGCUUCAGUUACGAAGGAAUUGAUGCUGUUAAAGAAGCUUUAAAAAAAGGCAAGGAAGUUUCAAACGAUGAAGUAUCCAUUAAUAUUAAACUAAUUGCUCCACCACAAUAUGUCAUUGUUACAUCCUGCCAGGAUAAGGAUCUCGGAAUGGCCAAAAUUCAGGAGGCCAUGAAACUGAUUAGCGAUAAGAUUAAGGAAUAUAAAGGAGGGGAUUUUAAACAGCAAGGUGAAAUUUUGGUUAUAGGAGGAGAUGACGAAAAACGAUUGGAAGAACUCCUCGACAAACAGGAUGAUCUUUCCAGUGACAAUGAAUACAACAGCAGUGAUGAUGACGAUGAGAACUCCAGUGAUGAUGAUGAGAAUUCUAGCGAGAUAGAAGAGGAAGAAGAUUAA